AUGGAAUCUAUGCUUGAUUUAGAGGAAUUAAAAAAAUUAUCACCUGAUCAACAAAAGCAAGUUCUUGCUAGUGUUCAACAACAAGCUGUUUUACAACAAGCUAGUACUCUUAUUACUGAUUUAUCAGAAAAAUGUACAACGGCAUGUAUAAAAUCACCAGGUGAAAGUUUAGUAAAAUCAGAACAACAAUGUCUUACUAGAUGUAUGGAUAGAUAUAUGGAAUCAUGGAAUUAUGUUUCACAAGUUUUACAAAGUAGAAUUAUGCCAAAGAAUUCAUCUUCAUAUGGAGAUUUAUCUGGUGGAUCAACUUUUUCAUAA